GUUCCUGGAGGGCAGGGCAGGAUGCUUCCCUUUCCCCCCUGGAAGUGGGCAGCAGUCUCUGACGCCUCCUCGGCUCCCAGGAGGAGUGAGGAAGGGGUCUCUGCCCCGCCCCCCCCAGCGAUCUGCACGCUGCUGGCUUUGCAUCAGUGGAGAGCUUUGGGAAGCUGCAGGGAUUGAAACUAUGAUGUCUUACUGAGCUCACUCACAUAGUGAAACUGGGAUGAGGCAGUAUUCGUAACUGACUGAGAAAUUAAACUAAUACCUGCUUCACCAUUACCCUUAAACUUUAUUCACCAGGCACGUUGCUGAAAGUUCCGAUUCUGGUGGACUGGAGGAAAAUUAUUUUAAAUCUUGUGAUUUGUUUCAGAGAGCGGUACAGAGAGAGGGCAUGCAGAUGGUCAGCCUGUGGUGAUCCUUCUAGGAUGGGCGGGCUGCCAGGACAAAUACCUGGCCAAAUACAGCACAAUCUACAGUCAGAAAGGGUGCACAGUCAUCCGCUACACGGCCCCAUGGAGGAUGAUAUUCUUCUCCGAGACCUUUGGCAUCAGGUCCCUCCAGACCCCAGCCAGGCAACUCCUGGAGCUGCUGUUUGACUACACCGUUGAAAACAGACCAGUUCUUUUUCAUGUUUUUAGCAAUGGUGGUGUCAUGCUGUACCGUUACAUCAUUGAGGUGCUCCACACUCACAAGCUGUUUAAGAACCUCAAAGUAGCAGGCACCAUUUUUGAUAGUGCCCCUGGCAGAAGAAACUUGAAAGGAGGCCUUCGUGCCUUGGCGACUGUCUUGGUAUCCAUGAAUGUGCUGCUCAAGUAUUUCCUUUUAUUAGCUUUUGCUACUACGGCUGUUGUGCUGCGGAUCUUGCUGUACCCAUUGACCCGCCUCAUCCACGAGAGCCAUUAUGAUGCCCUGCUGAAAGCACCCUCGCGGUGGCCUGAGCUUUACCUCUAUUCCCAAGCCGAUGCCAUCAUCAAGGCCAGUGAAGUUAAGCACAUGGCUGAUGCCCGGCAGCAGCUCGGUAUCUCUGUGAAAGCUGUAGACUUCUCGGAUUCGGCUCACGUCAGCCAUAUGCGGGCAUAUCCCACCUAUUACAGCAACCUCUGUACAACAUUCCUGUCUGACUGUGUCAGGGGCUUACCUUGUUAGUGGUGUAAUGACAUCCAAUGUUUGCCUCUGCUUUGCUCAGCUUGUAUGGGAGAUGUUACCCCCUUUGCCUUUGUGUCUUUGAAGGGAGAAAAGUAGAGGCUUCUUAGUUUUGUUUUUUUGUUUUUUGGUUUUUUUUGCCCACCAUCUACAAGUCUGAAAGCCUCCAGGCUGGCCUUUGGGACAGUCACAUUAUAGCAGAAAGUAAAUAUGGAUUAAUUUAAAGUACUGAAGGUGAAAUCCUAGCAUGGUUGAAUUUGAUAUGCUUUACCAAGGUGUCACAGAUCAGAAUUUUACAUGGAGUGUUAUUUGUUUCUUCCUGUCUCCUAUUGUUCUCUGCUUUCCAUGUUGUCUCCUUGUCCCUGAUGUCCAACGUUCUGUUGCCUUGUACUGAUUUUACAAUACAGCUCUUCCAUGUCUUUGUUGUUUUUUUCCCCUCUCUGCCAUUUCUUUUAUCUUGCACUGAGCAAACAGAAGCAGCUCUGCAGGACUUGACUUUUCUCUCAGUGCAUCCCAGCUCUUGCUAUACUCCUUACCUGGAGAUCAGGCUCAGAAACCAAGUGUAAGACCUGGAAAAAGGUAUGGGCAGGGCAGUAUGACCAGACUCUCAUCUGGUUCCAUUAAAUAGCUGAGGUAGAGCAGUCAAAGCUGUGAUCCUUGGUGGGAGCUCAAAUGUUCGUGAUUGAUUGAUAGCUUUUGUGUUCUUCAACCAAAAGAUUUAAGUUAACCUUUUUGAAUGUGUCUUGUGUUUUGUUUCUCUUCCUUCCAGUCUUUUGUGUGUUCUCCUGAGUAGUUUUGCUUUCUUGGAGAACUGCUCAUUUAUUAUUGUGUGUCUUUGAGCAGCCUAUAUUGUGCAUCUGGAAAUGCAGGGAAACUGGCACAGCUGUAACCCAAAAGACCUCAGAAAUAGAAAGGUGGAACUGCAGAGAAAAAUGAAGCUGUCUCUUGGAGCUAUGAUUUAUACUGGGUGUUUCUUAAAUCACUUCCAGCCCACAAAUGACCGUGAGAUUCGAUGUUUUUUUCCCCAUAAUGUUCUUUUCAGAUGAUCAGUCUUUGCUGUCUGUGCAGCAUGUGCUAAUAAUACAAUAAAUUAAUUCCUUCCACCUAGUAAAAAAGUAGCUGAUUGCACUGCACUUCAGCCAUGUUUGAGUUUGGGUUUUGUUGUUUAUUUGAGGGAGAAGUGGGGAUAAAGACAGAGGAGAGCUUGCUAAUAUGUUUACACCAUGUCGCAGCAUUGCAGGCUAAUUACUAGUGUGGUGGACAAGAUUAGCCAAUUUUAAAUUCCCAAAGAUUGCCAGGAACAGGCUCUGGAGGGCUGUGAUAUGGGCCUGUAUGAACAAGGGACUACCCUCGAGAGGUAGGAACAUAAAAAGCACAAAGAUUUUUACACGUUUGCUGCCUGUGGGCUGCUGUGCUUGUCUUGCCCACCCUUGGGGUGUUGUGAUCCGCAAUUACAAAGGACUUGCUGUUCUGAAUCACAAUGCAGAGAGAGAGGUCUCUUGGGAAGCACUAAAAUAAUUUGGAAGUUUAAAACAAGAACCUUAACACCUCACAGAAAUGAAAGCACAGGGUGAGUUGUGGUCAGUGGCCAGCACAACUGUUUUUAGCAGACUAGUGUGGCAAUGCUUAUUUAAAGCAAAGAAUAACCCCAUGUUGGGCAUGGUUUUAAAGGGGGUGGACUGGGGUGUAUAGGAUGGGUGAGGAGUAACUAAAAAGGGGCUCAUGGCCUGGUUUGUCUUCAAUUUUUUUAAAGUGAAGUCUGGUUCCAGGCAUGGGAGUGAGUCCCUGUUGCUCAGAGUCCAGUCUUCUGUAGGUGUGAUUCCAGUUUUGGCUUCCACUGUGAAGAUGAUCUGUGAGGGCUAGCCUGCAGUAGGAUAGCCUUCAGUCUGCUGCUUUUCAUGAAGAAAUUCUUGUUCCUAGGGUUUGGACCUAUAAAAUCUAGGCAUAGUCCCCUAUCCCCAGAAAGCCCAUCAGAGAUCUCCCAGCUUUUUAAAGCAGGCCCCUGGUGUGUGCUGCCAGUGCCAUAACUCCUGAGCUGUGAUCUGUUUGCCUGCCUUCCCAGAGAGCUGGGCUGCAUCUUCUGAGCAUCCAGCCUGUUCGUGGCACUGUGAAAACUCUUAGGGAGCAGAAGUGAUAAAGGUUAUUUAACUAGCACUUGCCCUCAUGCUGGUUUCUAUGGGUUCAGUGUUUACAGAACAGUUAAACACUCCGUAAUACACGCCUCUGAAUUAAUACAGUUGUGCUGGGCUGGGAAUCUGCUGUUCCUGUUUAUUGCUGUGGGUGUUGAACUUCUCCUGUUUAAGGACUUGGGCUGUUGUGGAGUGUGGCUGGCAGGAGCUGGAGCUAAACCCUCUAUCCCUGUGCGAUGAGAUGGUGAAGCUCCCUUGGGGAAGAGGCUCAAGUAUGUCAGCUACACAUUCCAUCCCCACCUUCAUCUCCCUGCCACGGGAUUGCUGCUCCCCCAGCUCAGUCCAGCUCUGGUCCACGUCCUCCCUUUCCAGGGCAGCAGGCAGGGAGCGGGUACUGUCUGCUGGAGCUCUGCAGUCAGUGGUGCCCUGUGCUACGCAAGCAGGAACCAGCUCCAGGCAUUUCCACUGCUGCAAAACUGACUUGAAAUUCAGGGCUAAUUUGUGUACACACCUCUCUAAGAGCAGGGGAGAUCUCGAGCAAGCCAGUGAUUUACAGAGGAAUUCAUCAGCACUGAUCUUCUGGGUGGGUUUCGUUUUCUGUGUCCCAGCAAAUUUUAAUGAUGAUUAUGAACAGUGUCUUAAAUGUAUUGUGUGAUAUAUUACCCUCUUCUUUCCUAUACAGCAUGUGUGCUUGUCCCCCCCCUCUUUCUGCCCUCUAUUUCUGGUGGUUGUUAUUUGAAGCAGAAGGUUAAUAACUUGGAGCCCAAAGGCACACGGCCAAGAACUGAUCCAAGCACGACUGGAUUUAAAAAAACCCAGCCUCAAACCCUUAAUCCUUGCUAAACUGUCACAGUUUGGUGCAGCCUCUGUUCCUAAAGAGCUUCAGCCUGAACACUGAAAGCCAAAGGUUGGGAUAUCGUGGCAAAUCCAAGUAAAUCUCUGGGAUGAGCUAUGGAAGGGGUGUUGCAGGUCUGCUCUUUGGGAGGAAAAAUGCAGUGUCCCUGGGCUUGCCUUGUGGGUAGGGAGUGGGAUGUGGCACCGGCGAUCUCUGCCUGGGGAGCCGGGAGCUGGUUUUCCUACAGUCCAGCCCUUGUGCGCAGGUGGCGGAGCAGUGUGGGCGAAACACCAGCAGUGGUGGGAGAGGAGGAUGGCCAGGGGCCAGCUGCUGCCAUUGCGCAUUUCCCAGCUAGGUUCAUUUUGCAAGAGCACAAAUUAACCUUUCCUCAGCAACGAUAGCCAUUUGUAAGUGUUUCCUGUGAGGGAGCUGGCUGCUGGCUUGCUCCCCUGUGCUGCCUUCUCUCCCCAGGCAGUGGUGAUGUUACAGGAAGGUUUUAAAAAAAAGAAAAAAGGCAGCUUCUUAGUGGUCAAGGUGGUCGUGUGGUCGUGGGCUGGAGGGUGUUUAGCUGCUGCUGACAGGCAGUGGGAGGGUGCCUGUGUAGCCAGGGUGCCCUGCAGCGCUGGGAGAGGCUGCAGCGGGGACCUGGGCAGAGUGGGGGCAUGAUCCAGCCCAGCCAGGGGUCGUGA